AUGGUGGACGCUGCAGGUGCUCCUGAGGCCCCGGGGGACCAAUGGGCGCCUGCCCAGGCCCUGGCCGGGUUGCUGAGGUUUCCACCGCCGCGGGCCCGCCCCCGGCCGUGGUGGUUUCCUGUGCAGGAGCUGAGGGACCCGUCGGUGUUUUACCUGGAGGCUUGGCUGGCCGACUCCAUCUUCGGCCGAGACCAAGCCAUAAUUCCAGAAAUGGAGUGGAUGAGCCAGGCCCUGCUGACGGUGGACACAGUUAACCCCGGGAACUUAGUCAAAAUCACCAUCUUUGGACAGCCCCAUGUUCAAAAUCGGGUGAAGAGCGUGCUGUUGGGCCUCGCGUCCUGGCACCGGGAACAUCGUGCCCGAGUUGAGAAGAUGGAACAACUUGACGAGUUCUUGAAGGCCCGUGCAUCAUGUCCCCAGACUCCCCAGCAUCCUGUUGCAUAG